GUCGGAGUCACAACUACACUGCUAACGCUAAUCCUCUUCUUCCUCCUCACCUUUCUUUUUGGGAAACACGCCCAUGACACACGGUCGUGAUCUCAGGAGGUGAUCCCGGGUUCACCAGGAGUCAGAAUCUCACUUCGGGUCACUUUCCUCCUUCCCUUCCCCUCCUCCCCUCCUCCCAUCCAUCACAGCGCUGGUUGCCAUGGAGAACUCGUCAGUGGCAUCUGCAUCGUCUGAGGCCGGGAGCACGCGCUCACAGGAGAUCGAAGAGCUGGAGCGCUUCAUCGACAGCUAUGUGCUGGAGUACCAAGUGCAGGGGCUUCUGGGAGACAAGGCGGACGGAGACUUGGACCUGGACAACGGUGGCAAGGUGCCACAGUGGACAGAGGACUGCAUUGACAAGAAAGAUGGCAGCUGGACAUCUUCACGGGGGAGAGGCUCAUUCAAGCCAGAUGAGUGGGAACACAGCAGCAACGGCAGUACAGGUUCCCGGCCCAGUUCAGGGUCCAGACCAGGUUCUGGCUCCCGCUCUGGCAGCAGGGGUCGAAACAACCAGUUCAAAGGCCCAGCCAAGAACGGGAACAGAGAAGGCUCCUUUGACAUCCUGGGCACAGAUAUAUGGGCCGCUAACACAAUGGACUCAUAUGGAGGUGCAGGUUGGGACGUACAGCCAGAGAAGCUGGACUUCAGCCACUUCCACAGGAAACACUUCAGAGGCACGCCAAAGCACCUGCCACACAUUGACAGAGAGGGGAUGAACAAAAACAAGUUUGAGGAAGAUGACGGCAUAGACAUGAAUGACAUAGAAAGGUUCCUACCACAUCUGCGCUCUGUCUUCCCACCCCUUCCUAAUGAGGCCGAGAUUGCACACACCAAAAAGCUCUUCCGACGCAGGAGGAAUGACAGACGACUGGUUGAUCAGUUCACCCGAGACCAGUUAACCAUACUUCUGCCAACUGGCCCAGGGGGAAGACGGCAAGUCUCAGCCAGGAGACAGCAGCGGCCUCAGGGAGGAGGAGGUGGCGGUGGCAACGGCGGCGGCGGAGGAGGGAAGAACCAGUCUCUGUUGAUACAACAGCAGUCACCAUCACAUCAGAGGGAUCAAACUCAGCCUCCAAACCAACAGCAGCAGACUUUGACAGAAUUAGGAGAUAACAGAAACAAUAGCGCCGGUCGGCCGCCCCGUCAAUAUCAAGGGGGACAUGGGCAGCGCCAAGGAGGACCCCCACAUCACGGAUACAGCCAGAACCGGCGCUGGCACCACAAUCAGAAAGGUCAGGGGCAUGGACAGACAAAUCCUACGUGUGAUAAAGGAUUACCCCCACGAACAACCAAAGACAAAGAGACUGAGAAUGUAAAAGUGGGUAACGAGCAGAUCAACAGACCAACAGAGGAGCCUCAAGACGGCAGCAGUAAAAGUCCCAAUGAGUUGCCCCAAUCAGAGUCAACAUUCAACACGACCGCUUUCCCAGAUCUGACAGUUAUUAAGGAAUCUCCCAACCCACCAGGAAGUGAUAGGGCAAGCGAGGGCCACUCGCAGCAGCCCAAAAUCAGCUUGCUUCAGUCAUCAAAGGAGAGGCUGAGGAGGAGACUAAAGGACAAGGAAGAGGCGCGUGUGCAGGCGGCAGGCUCCGGAUCGCAGAACAUGGACCGGCUGGUGGAUCUCCUUAACAGCAUGAGGAGCAACAGCAGCGGCGUGGAGCAGCAGCUGGCCUCCUUCAUGGAGGAGGCGCAGUGCUCUGCGCGGUCCGAGGAGACCCUAGCUCAGGUGGUCAGCACAAUCUACUCCAAGGCUGUGUCGGACAGGAGCUUUGCUGCCACAGCCGCCAAGCUCUGCGAAAAAAUGGCGCUGUUCAUGGUGGAGGGGACAAAGUUCAGAUCGCUGCUUCUCAACAUGCUGCAGAGGGACUUUGCACGUCGUGACGAGCUCCAGCAGUCCGACGUGGAGAGGUGGUUAGGAUUCAUCACCUUCCUGUGUGAGGUGUUUGGGACCAUGAGGAGCAGUUCCGGGGAGCCUUUCAGGGUGCUGGUCUGUCCCAUCUACACCUGCCUACGAGAGCUGUUAGAGUCCACAGAUGUGAAGGAGGAUGCAGUCCUCUGCUGUUCUAUGGAGCUGCAGAGUGCGGGCCGUCUCCUGGAAGAGCAGCUUCCAGAGAUGAUGACGGAGCUGCUAGCAGCCGUCAGGGACAAGAUGCUCUGCCCGGCCGAGUCCCAGCUGACCCGCUCGCUCCUCAUGGAGGUCAUCGAGCUGCACGCACACCGCUGGAGCCCCCUGGAGGCUCUCACCACCCAAUACUACAACCGUACCAUCCAAAAGCUUACCACCACUGCCUAGGCACUCCCCUAACUCCCCUGCCUGGGAGGAGAGGAGACAGCCCCGAGGAAAAUUUCUCUUCUAGUUUGCCCGUAACACAAGAAUUUAAUAAUAACAUCACUUUCCUGCCUAAAUACAUACAUGCUUUAAGUUAUUAUUGAAUUUAAUCGCGCAAGUCGAUCAUUUCUCAAAGACGGGCGAUCACGCUAGCCACCAAACGGCCCGAGCCGUCGUGGCAACACUACAUGUGGCGUUCAAACAAUGAAAGCCUACUUGACACAGAUUUGAGAAAACACUAACUAAUAGACGACCGGUAGGGGCGUGCUUGGCCACACAGAGUCCAGCAGCUUGCCUGGCUGUGGCUGCGGAGGGAUAAAGGAGGGGAACAGACAAGAGAUGGGUCACGUAGGGGAGAGGAGGAGAGGGCAGCAGCCUGUCCGUAGGGAAUAGAGAGAUCCGUACCCAAAGAUGAAUGGUGGGGGGAGGAGACGGGUCAGGGUAGUCCGUGUCAGUCUCUUCAUUGUGUUCAUUUGCCCACCACCCUCCCUUCUCUCUGUCUCUCCGUCAGCCCCUGGGGUCUGUGUGGCUGAUAAAAGAGAGAGGAGGAGGAGGCAGGGAGUAGACACGGUGCUGUCUGUCUGGGCCGUCUGCCCCACCGGGCCAGGGACCAGGUCAAAGGGCCUCGCUGUGGGGCUCCCACUGCUCCUCACCGCCAUUGUCUCCCCCGACUUCACCCCCCCCCCCCCAGCAGGAAGCCUUUUUGUGGGGAUGAGACAGCGGGCCUGCUGGGCCAGGCUGGGCUCAGGAUAAAGGAUCAGGCUGGCUAGAGUAGGGUGGCAGAUGGCUGCUUGAGCCCUUGUGCGACGACACACUCCCAACACACACCACUCUAGCACCCCAGCGCCCCGCUCCCCGCGCUCGGCCAGUGUUUGCAAUAGAAACAGUAGAAAUAUUGCAGUGUGGUGGGGGUGCAGCAUUAGAUUUAAUUCUUUUGUUUUUGUCCUACAGGGGAAUGUCUCUUCUCUUCUGUUAAGCCGUGCAUGUCCAUGCUUUGUUAACCACAUCAUUGAUAUUAUUUUUUUAAUCAUUUAUUGUUUUUAUUAUUGUUGUUUCAUUUUGAAGUCUCGUUUUUAUGAUAAAAAAUGUACGUAUGAGAUAUUAUAGUGGUAGGCCUUAUUGCACAGGUUUGAUUUGUUUGCACUGUUUUGAGGCGAAUUUGCUUUAAAAAUUCAACAACAACAAAAAAAUUGAAUUUGAAUCAGUGUUUGUGGAUUAAUAUUAAAAAUCUCAGUAGUGAGAGAAGUGGGUUGAGUAUAGUGAGGGAUUUUAGGAUGUUUUAAUGGACUAGUGGCCUUGUCAAUUUUUAUAGGAAGCCCUCUUGUUUCGGGGCCUGUGGCAGCGGAGGACACACUGAGGACUGAACAGUUAUUCACAUCAUUCUGUUGCUGAAGAAAAAAAAAAUACACAUUUGAAGUAGAGAAAAAGGUGAUGUGACAUCAAAAAAAAAAAGAGCAUGGCACACAGAGAAAAGAAAACAGAAGUGCAACGCUUCUUAAAGAUUUUCUCCUAUUCAAGCCAUUCUUUGCAGUGGACAUUUUGCAAGUGUUUAAUAUCGACUGUAUUUGCUUUGUUUUUGAGAAAAAUGACAACUAUUAACCUGUGUAUUUGAAGAUGACAAUGAAAAGAAGAAAAAUCCUAAUUGUAUGACCUCAUAGCUAGUCAUAUGUGACCCUUAUUCCAGCUAACGUGUGUUCUAUGAUAUUGACGUACCAAGCCAAUCAUGUACCAUUUGUAAAUGGGCUCUAUAUAUAAUCUGCAUACAGUAUAAUAAGUAUUUAAAAGCAUUGUGAUCGAGCUGUCGGAGGGGAAUCGUGCAACAGAAACGUUACACAUAGGAAGAUUGUGGUUGUGUGGCUAUCAGGAAUUAGCUCGUUGCUUGGAAGCAGUCACACAUGCACGCACACACACACACACACACGCACACACAAACAUAUGCACAUGCAUACAUAUACUUAGUUUCCCAUUGAAUCUCUGUGGGCAGUUUUAAGUGUUUUUAUAUUAUUUUCUCUGUCUUGCAUCAAGAACUAAGAUCCUGUGUGGUAGAAACACAUCCAAGAAGAUUAGCUAGAUGAGAAGGGUGAUUUCAAACUGAAAAAAAUGUUUUUGCAGGUGCAGCUUAAUCAUCUGUAAAGAGUGCGUCUGCUCAAAAUGUGGUUUGUUUCAUUGGUUUUUAUUUUGUCUUUGUUUAUUUUUGUCUUUUGUUGUCUGUAUUUUAUUUCUAGGGCUCUAUUUAAAUUAUAUUUAGCUCAUUUGUAUAAUUUUCUCUUCUGGUGGGUUUUCAAGACAUCUGAAACAGUGAUACCUAGCUUGCUGGCAAGUGUGUAAGUGUGGUAUUACUGUGUUUUAGUUUAUGAAAAGAAGAAAAAAUUAACCCAUCGGUCAGUUUGCAUUAUGCAAAGAGCGGCCCGCUCUCACAGCAGAUGGGGGCAGGUGGGAUCCGCCCCCUCCCCAUUCGUCUGUGGCACUGGAGCCUCCCCACCCCGCGUGCCCUUAGACCCCUCUGCUCGGGUCACAUGACUCACUUGACAUUUGAAUGAGACGCACCUUCAUUUGCAUAUUCUCAUGAAUAUUGAAAAAAAAAAAAAAAAAAAACGAGGCUCCGGUUGGCGCACAGACAGGCUGUAGAUUCGCAAUAGUGGGUCAUCUGUGAGCUCUUGUUUGUUUUGUUUUUCUAAGCUCCUGAAAAAUAAACUAACAGGAAAA